GCCGGCGCGACAGCAUGCGCGCGCGCUUGCGCAGCUCCACGCAGCCGAGGGAGCCAACGCAUCGCGAGCGCAGCGGCGAGCGAGACCCCCCGGCAUCAGUCGCGCUCCGCGAGCGGCGCGAGUGGAUCGGUCUACCCCGUCGGGGCGGUCAACUACGUCGAAGUGUACUGAGCCACUCGGACCAACAGGCGCUUCUUCGGCGUCCCGCAGAAGUUUGAGCAACGCGCCGUCUGCUACUGCUUCGCCAAGUAUGUACGAAACUUCGCCGCAAGACGCGACGGCUUGUGGCGGCUCCGUGACAUGCUCGCUGAGUGACGUGUGAAGAUUCCGAAGGCAGCUCGUAUGCGUCCGUCCGUCCAGCGAGAGAUGCGCAUCUGGCGUGGAAAGGUAAUGCUGUGGGCGCCGGCUACAUUUCUCCGAAGGAGACGCCCGUUUACUGAAGCGUGAUCGAGAAGACGUGGUGAGGCGACGAGUUGAGUACUUCCUAAUGUUUCCGAAGAAGGCUCGUUGGUGUCUUUAACUGUGACGGAGUUCUACCUGAGUGCGGGAAGAUCGCGAAGCCUGCUUCGGUACUCCAAGCUAACAUAACACUUCACCAAGCGACGCCAAUUCUCUCUUUCAUUUGAUCGAAAAAGAAGAAUACCUGGGCGAAGUCCGAAAGAUAGAAGUUCGAAGCUUUUGUGCAGAUUCCAAAAGCUCAUUGCCGCUGUGUUCAUGCAUCUGUACCUGCGUGUGCCGUGAGACGGUGCCUAGUUGAAGCCAACGCAAUCUUUUACGACUAGCGGGUCUCAUUACAGCGGCUUCUGCUCUCCUUAUUUUAUUUUUGUAUUGCUUUUUGUUUCUUUCUACAAACCGCGGCUCGUGGUCUGACCAGCGCGAGAGCUUGUUUUUAAUUUUAAAUAAAGAAAAAAUACUGCCUGUGAACUAUGGAACGGCGCUCAUUUUCGCCAGAGUAGUGUGCCUGUGCAUUACGCAUCUUUCUUCAGCAGCAGGACAGUUCGUUGUCUGAGUCUAGCGUGCGUUGAUUAUUUCGCGGAAUCUAAAGUGUGGUGAGCUUUGUUUGCGACAGGGAAGUACCGAAGGUGCACGCGACCCCGAAACUUAUGCGCAUGACUAUGCUGUUCGUGGAAUUUUAGUAAGAUCAAUGCUCUUAGCUGCGAUAAAAGCGGUGAAUUGCUUUGAUUAAGUGGUGCUGGGAAGAAUACGUCAUGACUGAACAUCCACAAGGCUUUUACCGGCCUGACAAAAACCAAAUUUGAUUGGCUCGAAGAAAAUAUGAACACAACAUUAGCACAAUUACAAGAUCUUUGAGUGCGUGCUUCUAAUUUAGAUCACGUUACUUUUCUUGUGUGCUGUCAUUCUACAUUCAACCGCGAUUCGAAUCCUCCCGACGCUUCUGGUUGAAAAUGGUAAUUUUGCCGGCAAAGCUUCAUGCCGAACCCGAACAAAGUAACAAUGUAUCCCUGCAACUUUCAGACCAAGUAACUGAAGCUGGUAAUGACUUGUACUCAAUGCGGAACUUCAGCUAGGUAUAUUCUCCAUCAUAUUGGUGAUCUGCACCAGUACAAUUGAUUAUGGCUGUUAGCUCUUUCCAAAUGCAUACUACAUUAGUGUUCGCACACUCAAUAGAGAAUGUGCUUCUCAUGCGUUCAUUAUAGUAUAGUUCGGACAUUUCCGUAUUGCAGCGGCGUUAAUAUUUAUUGUUAUUGGUUCGACGCACCAGGGACUUAACGGUGCGUUGACGCUCAAGUAACCAAUUCUCUUUCUGAUCGAACCAUUAUAAGGCUGGAAGCUUGAUUUGAUUGAAGGAUACUUUUAGGGAUUAUUCGAAAUUUUUUUCAGGUAAUAUGCGCACUGACAUGAUUAGUCUUGCAACCUCAGCGUAUACCGGCUUUCCAUGUGUCAAGUCUGCUACCUUCAUGAUAAGCUGUCAAUCUAUUCUGCGCUAUAAUUUAACGUGAACCUUUCUCAGGCUACAGAUUAUAAUCUUGUGUGCUGGCUCUGCACUGGUGUUCAGUGACGACACAUGCAUAUUAUAUGCCCUAAAUUCUUAUUUACGAAAAAGAGUGUUUUUUACUUCUAUCAGGCACCAUAUCCAUACAGUACAAAACAAGGCCAAGAUGUGUUCGUGAAACUGCUGUUUGUGUACAAUGAAUAAGAGAUACACAGCUGCGAAGAUAGAUCUAAGACACUGUAGCCCGUAACGUACCGUUACACACUGGAGCGUAGACUCCGAGAAAGCGCCGAUUACGAGUGGAGUAUCACACUGCCGUUUCAAAUACCAGUUCUCCGUGUUCCCUAUAUGUAGUCCUACGCGUAAUUAUAGCACAGUAGCGGGUACCCGUCACGUAACACUUACUUUUCUGACUAGUCCUAGUGCUGUUCCGUGACAUCUAAGCUCGUUUUCACAGCUGUACCAUUCCACAAAGGUCAUCGUUACUAUACUUGAAAGCCAGACGACCAACUACACAAAUAUGUGAAGAGAACAUGCUUCGCUGCAUUUCGUGGCUCUAAGCACAUGUGACAUCUUCGCUUCUUUUUCUCGUAUGCGUGCAUGUGUGAGUGAAAAAAUGUGAAACGCUGUGACUGAUAGACUUCGUCAUGCCCGUACGUUUGUGAGAGUGCAAAAGUGAAUGCGUGAAAAGUGAAGUGAAUCCGACGCAAUGCCUAUAAGAAAACAUCAUGGCGCGAAUGGAUUGCUCCAGGCAAGCGCGCCACUUGUUGACUCUAGUGUCUAGACUCCCGUCUCAGAACACCGAGUGAUUGAAUACGCGCUGUGGCAGCGGCAAUGCCGUCUAAACCGAGAAACAGCUACGAAGAAGCGGCUCUUUACAUUCGCUCAAGCCUCUAUGUGUUCCGAGGACCAUAAUAAAAUUCUACCGUGAAGAUCGAGAGCCGUUCUAGAGCGUCCGGCAACGUUGCUUUGAUGGGAACGAAGACGGUAGGAAGCAUGGCCAGCGCUUCUUCGACAGCGUCCAAGCCCGUCGCGUCGCUUGCGAGGAAUGGCGCGUCUCCUGCGGAAUGCACGCUUGCCGACGAGAUAAAGGUGGAAACCGAGUCCGACGGUGAAGGAACAAAUGGCAGAAGAGAGUGCGCGACGCCCGAGGGCGACGGCAAAAGCCAACGUCGUCAGCCACAAGCUAGAACGGACAGCUUCGGACGUCCCGAGAGGCCAUCGUCGCGGUCCGAUCCCCCGCGGCAACUGAGCAGCGCUGAGCAGCGUAUCGCGGCCACGAUACGGCAGCACUACUACCCGGAGGGCGGCUGGGGCUGGGUGGUGUGCGUCUGCGUGUGCCUCGUCAACGCCCUCAGCUGGGGCAUGCAGCUCAACUACGGAGUCAUGCACGCUGCGGCGGUCCAACAGUUCGGCGAGGAGCACGCCGGCGAGGCCCCAUGGCUGGGCUCUGCGUCACUAGCUUCUUCGAUGUUCGUGUCUCCGGUGGUCGUGGCCUGGUGUCGACGCAAGAGCAUCCGCCUCACCGCAGUCUUAGGCGGCCUAGUGGCGGCAUUGGGCUGCCUAUUCUCAUCGUUCGCAUCGCAGUUGCACCAAGGCCUGUUCAGCCAGGGCCUGGUGCUGGGUUUGGGCCUGGGCAUGGCGCGAGACGCCGGUGGCCUGGUGCUCGGCCAGUACUUCAAGCGACGCCGCCACUGCGCCGAAGUGGUCGCCUGUGCCGGUUCCGGACUUGGCACGGCGGCCAUGGCAGCGUUCUUUCACUCGGUGCUCGGGUCCCUGGGCUGGCGCCAUGGCCUUCAGGCCGCAACGGGCCUGGUGUCCCUGAACUUCGUGAUCGGUGCUUUCUACCGGUCGGCGUCCCUGUACCACCCGCAACGUCGCGCCAUCGUCCACCUCAAGAACCAGCGGCGCAAGAUCAAGGAGAAGAGACCGCGCACCGAAAAGCCACCCUUCUUCGAUUUUGCCGCUCUUCGCACGCGCACGCUGAGGGUCGUCAUGGUAGCCGCAGCUCUCGCAGCAGCUGGACUCUACACUCCCUUCUUCUGCCUUGUUCCGCUGAGCGCCGCGGAGGGCGUCCAAGGUGCGUGGGCGCUGCAGGCCCUCCUCGGCCUCGCAACUGCGGGCGGAACCGGCGUGGCCGGACUGCUGCUUCUGCGGCGCCCGACGCAGUGCGUGCUCAGCCGGCGCUGCCUGUGCCAGCUGUCGCUGCUGGGCGCCGGCCUGGCCAUGCUGGCGAUCGGGGCGCUGAACGGCUUCGCCGGCUACGCGCUGUUCGCGGCCGUCUACGGAGCCAGCGCCGGCGGAGUGGCCUACGCGCUGCGCAUGCUCGUCUUCGAGCGGCUGAGGGCACGGCACUUUGGCCGCGCCUGGGGAUUCGUCCAGUGGGCCCAGUGCGUACCCGUGCUCGUAGGAGUGCCCGUCACAGGUUACAUAAGCAAGUCGCGGGAGGACCCCAAGGCGGGCUUCUACUUCUCGGCCGCGUGCACAUUCGCGGGCGCCACGAGCCUCUUCUUCCUGCCGGAGGCCGCCAGAGUCGAGUCGCUGCUGUGCCACCACGUGACGCAGCAUCAACAGCGCCAACGUCAGGACAGCAACCACUCGCACGACACGUCGUGCUGUGGCGAGCACCAGUGCGUCCAGCCCGCUCGACACUGCCACCACCAUCACCCCAGCGUCGGCGACGAGAGCCCGAACAAGGGCAGCUUCGAGGGCCCCAGCCCCACGGAAGCCGGCGACGUCGCGGUAGCCAACAAUUACACGCCGUGCACUUGCCGUAGGUCGUUGCUGUGCUACCAGAGGACGAUGUCGUGGACCACGUCGGUGGACUUGCUCGACCAGCCGGCACUCGCGGGGCUCACGCUGGACGCAGAGUGCGUGGAAGAUGAAGAGGUCGGGGCGGGGCCCCAGUUUUUGGAACGGGUCGUCGACGACAGGAUCGUCGCGGAGGUAGGUGGGUGCGCCGCGUGCGGGGCGGCGACGGCGGGACCACUGUGUGAGUGCGCUCAUACCAGAGACCGAGCUGUGGUGGUGUCGCCCAAGAAGAUGCACGUCGCGCGCUGCUCGCACGAGCCGCUUAUCUUUCGGUCGACCAUGGCGCCUAUUGAGGAAGUGACCAGUACGGUAUAGUGGCUGCGUGCUUGUGUGAGCUUGUGAGUGUGGCUUGCGCUUGUGGAACAAAGUAACGAACAAGCGAACUUGUGAGACUCCUGCUUCUACUACGCCACCUCUGUUUCGAUGGAGAGACAGACCCUGGUGUACAGCCUUGGAACGGUCGAAUCAUCCUUUGAUGAUCUGUCUGCAGUCUCAUCAGGAGGGUCCUUUACGUAGUCGGCGAUGGCCUCACGCGAAGUUAACGCGCUCAAUUACACUGCUCAUGCUGCAUACUUGCACUGCAAUUUUUUAAGUGCUACUUAAUGGCCGUCGCCAAUUCACAUAAGGAUAUUAAUUACCACUGCCACUCAGCCGGGCGCUGAGCUACAUGUGUUAUCGUUAUGAGCAGCACCUAUACUUUUUUCAUAUUUCCGGCCACAUCGAUUCAUAACCGGAGUGACAAUAGUUAGGCGCCAUGACGUCCUUCUUGACAUUGCGGAACAAAUAAAGAUUGUGUCUCGCCGGGCGAAGAGCUAAUUAUUUUAACGUGUCUGCCCUUUCUUUUCGUAAGCCCCUGAUCAGUAAGCAAUUCAUUUAUAAACUUGCAAAGAGGUAUCAAUUGAUUCUCCCUGGCCUAAAGAAUGAGAAAACGAAUAGCACAUUUUAGAACGGAAGUGUUGACUCGAAGAAAGAGAAAAGGCAAGGAAAGGAAUUAACAAGCCAUAACUCUUGGUUUGCUACCGUGUAUAUAGCAAGAAGGAGAAGAUAAGCAGAAAGGGUAUAAAAAACAUCUUACGCACACAAUCACAGAUGAAAACUAAGGGGUGAACUUUGUCCUUUUGAAGCAUCAUAAACUGGAUGGCUUAAUUUUUCGAUCUUAAGGCACAUUCUUUUUAAUGUGUAGUGCUAACAGCGAAAAACUCGUAGCAGUUUCACAAAAUUUUAUUGCAAUCGUAUUAGCGGUUACUUAUUGAAAAGGUACAUCUGAAUAAAGAGAGCACAAGUUAAAGCAUCGUUUUAGUUUAUAAUUUCGGAGGAUAUGUGGAAUGUCUGUUUGCAAUGUUCGACUCAAUCUCAUGGACCGAAGUGAAUCGUGGUUUUUGUCCUCUGAUAGCUUUCUGAUUGCAAUUGUGCUCGAUGACUUUUGGUAAUAAUUAAAAAGAAAGGCCUGUU